UCAGUUUCUACAGUUUGACUAACUGUUUGACUGUUUGUCUAACUGCCUCAUAUCUUUAGGAGUCAUCUGUUCGAAAAUUGAUGACUGAAACAUAUCCCAUUCAGCGUGAAAUCCUCAACGAUGAUACCCCUAUUGCCGUUGUAAAGGACGAGUGGCCAUUCCUGUUUGAAGUUCCUCACCUGUUUGAUCAUGCAUCUAAACUCCUUGGCUUCUCUGUACAAAACAAGCUGGCACAGGAACUUUCCAAAAAAGAAAAGGGGAUCAAUGACUUCCUUGACUCCAAAGGGGUGAAGACGGGCGAAGGUCCAAUACAGCUCAUCUGUGGCAUUACAAAAUACUUCAAGGAAGACUCUUAUAAACUCUUCCACAAAAAAGAGAUCUCUGCAGAUCCUGAAGUCGAACUCCCAGUGACCCCAUGCAUCCUAGUCAGAGGUGACCAGCAAUUCAAGAUUGCUGUUGAUGGGUUACUUGUCAAUGACCACAUCACCUCUCCCAUUGUGGCCUUGAGCUACGUCUUCUCCAUGUUUUAUGUCUGCAACGUCCAAUACCCACCGGAGAUGGCUUUUACUCUCGAAUUCAUGCAAAGAGUUUUCUUUGGGAUCAAUCCUGAGCGAGGCUCCAAGGCAGAGAAGAAGGGGAAGAAACGGCACUUCAUUCCUCCACAGGUGUGCAAGCUGGUUUCUCAGCUGAAGGAAUUUGAAUGCAAGCAGAAGGAAUCUGAGUGGGCCAUUUGAGCUGUUCUCAAAGCUCAGAAAAUACCUUUUUGGACUGAAUGUACACACACACACACACACACAAAGGCAAAUCCAAAAA